AUGAAGAAAACACCUUCACCGGAAUCUGCAACCAUCUCCGACAAACAGCAAUAUUCCGUCGCCGGAGAUAUGGAGUACUACUCUUGGUUCGACGACUCUUGUAUCCAAGACAUGAACUAUUUCGUCAAAACCAUUACCGGAAUCAAAUCCAAAGGAAUCCGACCAGACCUUAUCGGUUCCAUCAUUGCUCAUUACGCUUCAAAAUGGCUCCCUGAUCUCUCCGGCAAUGUCUCCGCCCUCACGGAACCUAAAAUCCGCCGCAAUGACCCACCACAGACGGAGAGCGUCACGGCUUCUCUAAUGAAAAAACGGUUUUUCGUCGAAACCCUUGUCGGAAUCCUCCCGCCGGAGAAAGACUCUGUUCCUUGCAACUUCCUUCUCCGUCUCCUCCGUACAGCUAAAAUGGUCGGAGCCAAUCCUAACUACUUAACGGAGCUUGAAACCAGAGUCUCGUGGCAGCUCGACCAAGCCUCUCUCAAGGAGCUUAUGAUACCUUCCUUCAGCCACACGUGUGGGACUCUGCUCGACGUUGAGCUCGUGACUCGUCUCGUGAAGAGAUUCGCCGGAUUGGACAUUGAAGGUGUUAAAACAGGUGCUGCACUAGUUAAAGUAGCGAAGCUUGUUGACUCUUACCUCGCCGAAGCCGCCCUAGACGGUGGUUUGACUCUACCGGAGUUUAUUUCCCUAAUCGAAGCUCUGCCUAGUCAUGCUCGUACCACUGAAGACGGUUUGUACCGAGCCAUUGAUACAUAUCUCAAGGCUCAUCCCAAGGUGUUGAAGCAAGAAAGGAAAGAACUUUGUAGACUUAUUGAUAGUAGAAAGCUAUCGCCCGAAGCAGCACUCCACGCGGCUCAGAACGAUCGUUUACCAGUUAGAGCAAUCAUUAGAGUGUUGUUCAAUGAGCAGACUAAGCUAAGUCGUCACAUGGACUGGAGUGGUAGCUCGAUAUGUAGCACGACGAGGAGUCCAACAAAUCCUUCUGGCUCACACUACUUCGAAGCAGGUUCUGGAGCGCGGUGCUCGUCUAAACGUGAGAUGAAUGUUCAGCAAGCAGAGAUAAGAAGACUAAGAGAGGAUGUGGUGAGGCUGCAGAGCGAGUGCGGUGCUAUGCAUUUGCAGUUGGAGAGGCUUAUGGAGAAGAAGAGUGGUGGGAGUAAAGGUUUUUUCCGGUGGAAGAGGCUCGGGUUAGUACCAUCGAUUAGAGGAAGUGUUAACGUUGAAAAGAUGACGAAUGGUGAUGAGGAAUCAGGUGAGAAUGGUGAAGGGUUUGAGCCUAGGACUCCUGGGAAUAUGAAGACAAGGCUUGUCAAAGGAAGAACAACACCUUCAAGGUGGAGAAAAUCUAUGUCUUAG